UGGGCGGGGCGGGCCCGUGGUGGCGGGCCUGCGGUGCCGGGGAUGGCGGACGGCGGCACGGGAACGGUGCCCACACCGCCGGGCGCCCCUGCGGGGCUCUCGGCGUCCCAGCGCCGCGCUGAGCUGCGCCGCAGGAAGCUGCUCAUGAACUCGGAGGAGCGGAUCAACCGCAUCAUGGGCUUCCACCGGCCCGCGGCGGGCAAGGAUGAUGAAGGUCACACAGAAUUAAAGCUUCAGCAUGAACAAGAUAAAUCAAACUCCCUUCCCAUUCCUUCAGUUUCCAAGCGGAUUGUGCUUGGUGAUUCCGUGUGCAAUGUGACAGGCUCAGCUGACCACGCAGGCAGCAUGGCAGAGCUCAGAGGGGACAAGGACUUGUUUGGCAAAGCCCCAGAGCUGGUCACCGAGGGGACAGGAGAGCUUCGUCACCGUCACAGGGGAGAGCUGCCCUCCGAGGCUGCACCACGGCCACCGAGGCACGGCUUGGAGCAGUACCUGUCCAGGUUUGAUGAAGCUCUGAAACUGAGGAACCAGCUGAUGAGUGAGAAGCCGAGCCAAGAGAAUGGCAAUGCGGCAGAGGAGUUUGACUCUUUCCGCAUUUUCAGAUUGGUGGGAUGUGCUCUGCUUGCCAUCGCAGUCAGGGCUUUUGUGUGCAAGUACCUGUCAAUAUUUGCACCAUUUCUUACUCUACAACUUGCUUACAUGGGACUGUCCAAGUACUUUCCAAAGUGUGAGAAGAAGGUGAAAACGACAGUACUGACUGCUGCUCUUCUCCUGUCUGGAAUCCCUGCAGAAGUGAUCAGUCGCUCCAUGGACACCUACAACAAAAUGGGAGAUGUUUUCACAGACCUUUGUGUCUAUUUCUUUACUUUUAUCUUUUGCCAUGAACUUACUUUGGUUUUUGGCUCUGAAGUUCCAUGAUGGCUAUAGAAUUUCACACAGUAGCUACACUAAAGCUUUCUGGACUGUGUUCCUUUAACACCUGGCUGUGCAGGCAGGUCUAAACCUUUAUUAAAAUUCUUACCUGUUGGAA